AUGUGCCGAGGCAGCUUUAAUGGCCGUUUGCCUGACCUCUCCCGGCCCCUGCGCAGGGACCCCGGGGCGGCCUUGGGUGCUGCGGGUUCCACGUGUUCCCAGGCCCUGUGGCGCCCAGGCUGGCUGAGACCCAAGCACCCACAACCCCUGCCCAGGGCCUUAACUGCCUGUUUCCAGCUGAGGAAAACCAAGUACAUCACUGAGGGCUUUCUAGAAAGCCAUGGAUGCCUCACGUUUGAGGCCUCCCCUCUUCUUUCCGAGAAGGUGGUUGCUCCCACACCGCGAAGUGCUUGUGGUCGGGUCCCGGGAGGCGGAUGGUGGCGGGCCAUGGAGUUGCGGAACGGUGACGGCAGUCCGAGCGGAGCACUGGCGCCCACCGAACCGGCUCCGGCCUUGGUGACCCUGGCGCAGCUCCUGCAGCUGGUUCAGAAGGGCCAGGAGCUCCCGGGUCUAGAGAAGCCUCACAUCACUGUGAUCCACGGCGAACCCACGGCGUCGCGGCUCCCCCGGAGGCCCAAGCCCUGGGAGGACUCGGGCUCGGCCGCAUCAUCCCGCAUCACCGCCCUAGACGCGCGCAUGCAAUCCCUGACCAUCGAGGAUCCGGCCCUGGGCAGGCCAGCGGCCCAACUCGGCGGAGGUCCCGCGGGUUCCUGAGCUAGAGCGCGUCUGCAGCCAUGAUCCGGAGGGCGUGACCGGGUCCUGCAUGAACCUGAGGGUCUGGACAGCUGCCUUUACUUAUCUUUGUGCAUCUGCUCUGACAUGUCUCAACCAGACCCAAUCCUCCCGGGAGACAAGUGUUGCCCAGGAAUUUCAGGGUUGGACGCGAAUUUCAACUUUAUAUCGUGUUGUAAUUUGUCUGUGUAAUUGAAACAAGUCUAUUAUUUUACCACC